AUGAGUUAUGGAGUCCUCUUUCGAUCUCUUUUUUUCCCACUCCCACAAAGCUUAACACAAGACAAAUAUGCCUAUGAUUUGUUUUCUCGUGCUCUGAUGCUUGAGGCCAGUCAUGUUUCGACGCCCUUGACUGUUGGUUCUCAUCUUGUCAGUUUCGGUGAUGCUUACUCAGAUCCUACGCAUUAUCGCUCUUUGGUUGGGGCCUUGCAGUAUUUAACUAUUACUCGCCCUGACUUGUCAUAUGUUGUUAAUACCGUUAGUCAGUUCCUUCAGGCUCCGACUGUGUAUCAUUUUCAGGCCGUCAAACGCAUUUUCCGUUAUGUCUGUGGCACGCAACACUUCGGUCUUACGUUUCGUCGUACCUCUUCCCCCGCUGUACUUGGUUAUAGUGAUGCUGAUUGA